AUGUUUUAUUUGUUCGAUAAAACAAGGUGGUCAAUCCUAUAUGCUAUAAUAUGGUUUGUACUAUUCACUGCUUUACCUCAACCAACGUACCAAGGCCGUUCAGCGAUAGUACAAUUAACAGCUGAAGAUUUGCGCGAUAUCCAACAUAACAAUUAUCAGGUCUCUGAAAUUACCGAAAUAGCUCACGAUAAGAAAGAUAAAAGAAAAGAAAAAGCUGACAAUGACCAAUAUUGGGUGAUUUUCUUUUACGUUCCAUGGAGUAAUGCAUGCAGAAAUUUCGAGUCCACCGUGGCAAAAACUUCGUUAAUAUAUACGACUCCAGAAGUUCGUUUUGGCAAAGUUGACUUGGAGCAAUAUCCUACGCUAGCUGAAGAAUAUAAUAUUUCGUUAUCUCCAACGAGUUUGGAUCUUCCUACGUUGAUUUUGCUCAAGAAUUGUAAAGAAAUUUCAAGAUUGCCACAAAAGAUUAGGGAUGGAUCAAAUGAAGAUUUGAAUAGAAUAAAGAGCAAAACUCUUCGAGAUGUAAAAGUCACGUGGGAUCGCUUGGGCUGGGACAGGAGCAUGGUAAUAUUAUCCUAUCAAGAUUUUUAUAUUUGA